AUGGGUUUGUGGGAAGCUGGAGAAAACGAGUCGGUGGACUCCAAUUAUGAGAACACCUCUGCAUGCGAUCUUGACGCCGCGGAUCCCGGCGAGGAUGCCGGUAGCGAGGGGAAGGAGAAAGCAGACAGUUCUUCGAGACAAACACACUCACCAAUUGGACAGGAAAGUGUGCAUGCUUCUGCGGGUUCGAUUCGGGUCUCUAGAAAGUUCCCGAAAGCGCAGAACGCCAGUGACAACGCGGAUGCCUCGACCCCCGCUUCUCUGGAAGCUUCCGACGGGGAAGAGGCAGGAUCGGUCCAGAAAGCUUCGAGUGUAUCCUCAGGCAGUAGUGAAAAGGCUAGGAAAAGUGACGGUGCAGCAGAGCCCCUGGAACAGGGCGCUCGACCCUCGAGCUCUGCGUUUUCCAUCUUAAAGAAGUCCUCAACUGUCAGCAGACGGUCUUCCAAGCUCUCUGUGCGCUUCGGAGAAACCGAACUAUCUGACGAGGAGAACUCGAAGUCGGCAGGCGUUGUCGCUGCGCUCAGCAGCGUUAUGCACGACUACCGAGAUGCACCUGAGCCUUCGAAAACCGACAAUGUGUCGUGGAGUACUUCAGAGGCCACAGAAACUCAGCACACUUUUCAGCAACUGCGGCAGAGAGAGAAGGAAUCGGUAGCAGCGAUCGAUUCUACCCUGCAGUCGCUAGUCGUCAGCUCCAGCGGGGGCUCACAUGCGAGGUCGAGUGAUGCAUCGGGAAUCACAAACCUAAAAUCCCUGUCCUCCACGUCAGAACCUGUUCUGUCGGAACUCACAAAAAAACUGCAAAAACGGAGGAAGAGUGAGUGA